GGGUCAAUGAGGUGACCGUAUGGUGAAAUGAUGAUCCCUCCAUCGUGCCGCUCGCCCUCAGCGCACCGGCAAUGUAUAAGAGGCAACUGUUAACCAGGUUGCGGGACUCACAGACCCCAGGGAUCCUGCCUAGUAUCAGAGAUCCAUCAUGAGGUUCUUACCAUUUCUUUUCGGCACCCUGGCCGUGCUGCUGAGGGUGUUCGCUACCGACAAUGGCCUCCAGACAGUUGUCGAAUGGGACAACGGCUCCUUGCAAGUCAAUGGGGAGCGCGUCAUUGUCAUGAGUGGCGAGUUUCAUUACGCUCGUCUACCAGUUCCAGAGUUGUGGCUCGAUAUCUUCCAGAAAUUUAGGGCCAAUGGCAUGAACACCGUCUCGAUCUACUUCUUCUGGAGCUACCACUCUGCAUCAAAGGGAGUGUACGAUUUCACCACUCCAGGAAAGGACCUACAGCGUCUUUUCGAUGCCGCCAAGGAAGCUGGACUUUACGUUAUUGCAAGGCCUGGUCCGUACAUGAACGCUGAAACCAACGGUGGUGGGUUCGCCCUUUGGACCAGCGACGGAAGCGGUGGCAACUACAGAACGUCCGAUGAGACCUACCGAAAGGCUUGGUCAGAGUGGAUUGCGGAAGUCGGCCCCAUCAUCGCAAAGAAUCAGAUCACCAAUGGCGGCCCUGUCAUCUUGACUCAAGUUGAGAACGAAUUGAUACAGUCGAAGUAUGACCCCAACGACACUCUGGUUAUCUACAUGGAGCAGAUCAAGAAGGCCUUCAAGGAUGCAGGUCUUAUUGUGCCUACGACACACAACGAGAAGGGCUUCCGAGGCAAGAGUUGGUCGACUGACUACAAUAACGUUGGCGGUGCUGUGGACAUUUAUGGCCUUGACAGCUACGCAGGCGGCUUGAGCUGCACCAAUCCCAACACCGGUGGAAACGUUAUUCGCACCUACUACCAAUGGUUCCAGGAAGUAUCACCUACCCAGCCGGCGUAUGUACCUGAGUUUCGUGGUGGAUGGUUUCAGGCGUGGGGCGAACAUUUCUUCGAUGAAUGUCAGUCAGAUCUCAGCCCGGAGUAUCCCGACGUAUUCUAUAAGGACGUCAUUGCUCAGCGGAUUACACUCCUGAACCUCUACAUGACUUACGGUGGAACCAAUUGGGGCCAUCUGGCAGCGCCCGUGGUGUACACUUCUUAUGAUUACGAUGCGUCAAUUCGCGAGACUCGUGAGGUCCGCGACAAGUACAAGCAGUACAAACUAAUCUCAUUGUUUACUCGGGUCAGCAAGGGUCUCCACAACACCGUCAUGGAGAGCAAUGGAACUGGAAACGCGGUUAGCACCACGGAUGUAUUCACUUGGGUACUCAAGAGCAAGGGUAGUGAUGGCAGAUUCUACCUUACUGAAAAGAACGACACCAGGUCCAGGACUGUGACUGACUUCUCCCUGACUGUCGACACAUCGGUCGGUCCAGUGACAAUCCCGAGCCUCCAGCUAAAUGGCAGGCAAGCCCGAUGGGUGGUCACUGACUAUGCGGUUGGAAAUGAGACUUUUCUGUACUCAUCUGCUGAAGUUCUAACCUACGGAACUUUCGAUCAUCCCGUUGUAGUACUCUACUUGAAGGCUGGUCAGACCGGAGAGUUCGCUUUCAAGUCGCAAAAUAACAUCACCUUCAAGGCAUAUGGCGCAGACUCAGGCUUCGCGACUACCCCUAGCAACAGCUCAAGCUUUGUCAGCUUCAAAUACAAGCAAGCUAAGGGAGCCACCGUCGUGCAGCUUUCUAACGGCGUGCUAGCCUACCUGUUGGACGUGCCUACGGCGUGGACGUUCUUCGCUCCUCCCACUACAACGGAUCCGAACGUCACUCCAGACCAUCACAUCUUCGUAAUUGGUCCCUACCUCGUCCGAACAGCAAGCGUAUCUGGCGAUACCGUAUCUGUCAUCGGCGACAACGCCAAUGCCACCACAAUUGAAGUUUAUGCUGGCAAAAAUAUCGCGAAGAUCUCAUGGAAUGGCAAGGACUUAACGACCUCCAAGACACCCUAUGGUAGUCUUACUGCUGAGAUCACGGGCGCUCAAGAUCGCAAGAUCGAGCUUCCUGAGUUGACAGGCUUCAAGGCUGCCGACUCGGCACCAGAGAUCUCACCAUCUUAUGAUGAUAGCAACUGGGUCGUGGCGAACAAGAACACGACGCUGAACAAGGUCAAGCCGUUGACCCUACCAGUGCUGUACAGCAGUGACUAUAAGUUCUAUGCUGGCGCCAAGGUUUAUCGUGGAUACUUUUCCGACAAGAGCGCUGCAUCCUUGAACAUCACAGUGCAAGGUGGCGCUGCAGCAGGCUGGAACGCUUGGCUCAACGGACAGUCGAUUGGCUACAACCCUGGAAAUGGUACGCUAUGGGUGACCAACGCAGUUGUUCCCUUCAAAAACGUCACUUUGAAGGACGAAGGGAAUGUUCUAACAGUCGUGACGGACUACACUGGCCAUGAUCAAACAUCCUAUGGACCCUCCGGUGCGCAGAACCCAAGAGGCAUUCUCGGGGCGCAGCUUCUCAGCGCCAACAACACGAAGCUGAACUUCGAUCUCUGGAAAAUUCAAGGUAACGCUGGUGGCGAGAAGAACAUUGACCCCGUUCGUGGGCCUUUGAACGAGGGCGGACUGUACGGAGAACGCCUUGGCUGGCACCUGCCUGGAUUCGACACCGAGAGCUGGGAAAUUGCGAGUCCGACCGAAGACGGUGUACAGGGAGCAGGCAUCAAGUGGUUCACGACGAAGUUUGAUCUCAAUGUCGACAAGGACCUUGAUGUUCCCAUCGGUGUUGAGUUCGGUGCCGCUGUUGGUACGGUUGCUAGAGUGCAACUAUAUGUCAACGGCUACCAGUAUGGCAAGUACUUCCCGCACAUCGGCCCUCAGACACGCUUCCCGAUCCCACCAGGUAUUCUCAACUUGCAGGGCUCAAAUACAUUGAGUGUUUCAGUGUGGGCGCAGACGGAUGCAGGCGCGAAGCUUAGUACAUUGCGCUUAGUCUCGUACGCUAUCUAUGAGAGCGGAUUCGACUUCGCCGGGAUUGAUGGGGAGCAGCUGCAACCGAGCUGGAAAGACCGAUUUCAGUACGCGUAGGAUGUUGCUCAAGAGCAUUAGCUAUCUGAC